GGCAUUCAGGGGUGAGACAUGAGCCAUGUCUGAGCUCCCCACAGUUGAAAAAUACAUUGAUCGUUGAUCGUAGAAAAAUAACUAGUGUACUAAGAUUAUAAUAACAAAAUCAUUCAGCAAGUCAGCAGCGUACAGUGGCAUAUCAAUUUUCGACAGCUUAACCUCCAGAUUAACGUUCUUUAUACCUAGUUGACAGGAGUUUUCAAACCAAAAAUGGAGAACCCAAAAAGGGAUAAAGAUAAAAAAGAUGACAGUGAUCCUGAUGAAGAAUGCACAGGUGCAUCAUCAUCUUUGCGGACAACAGAAUCUGAGGACUCGAGUGUGGAAAAAAUUCGAAAAUAUCUAAGUCAGAAGUUGGGAAUACAUGACCUUGCAGAUGAGACUGAUAAACAGACUGGUCAAAUUCUGACAGAACUAUCAAUUGAUGGCAUAGUAGAAUUCAUCAAAAGUGGUCAUUGUCGCAAAGUCAUCACAAUGGCUGGUGCUGGAAUAUCCACUUCAGCUGGAAUACCAGAUUUUCGUUCACCUAAAAGUGGAUUAUAUCACAAUUUAGAAAAAUAUAAUCUACCACAUCCCCAAGCAAUCUUUGAGUUGGAUUUUUUUAUGGAAAAUCCAGAACCCUUCUUUGUUCUCGCCAAGCAACUGAUGCCUGUAGGAUUUAAGCCAACUCCAAGUCACUACUUCAUCCGGCUUCUAUGGGAGAAAGGACUAUUAUUACGCCACUAUACUCAAAAUGUUGACACUCUAGAGAGAGUUGCUGGAAUACCAGGUGACUUGUUGGUUGAAGCUCAUGGAACUUUUCACACCGGCCAUUGCUUGACCUGCAAAGUUAGCUAUACACUUGAAUGGAUGAAAGACAAAAUACUUGGAGACGAACUGCCAAAGUGUGAAGAAUGUAAAAGUGGUAUUAUUAAACCAGAUAUUGUGUUCUUUGGGGAAGUGUUGCCAGAAAGGUUUUACAGUUGUAUCGAUAAAGAUUUCAAACAAGCUGAUCUACUGAUUAUCAUGGGAUCAAGCCUAGUGGUACAGCCGUUUGCAUCAUUAGUGGACAAGGUCCCACCGAGUUGCCCUAGACUCCUGAUAAAUAAAGAAAAGGUCGGCAUGCAAGAUCGUGUGAUGAAAUUCCUGGGUCUGAAGCAAGGAUUGAUGUUUGAUAAUACUGAUGGCAAUACCGGACGAGAUGUUGCUUGGUUAGGUGAGUGCGACAUCGGAUGUCAAUUGCUGGCUGACAAGCUUGGUUGGGGGGAAGAGAUGAAGAUUUUUAUCAAGAAAGAACACGAAAAAUUGGACAGUGCAAAAUCCAGCAGUAAUUAGCCUCACAACCCACAAUCGAAAAAAUCUUGAGGCCUCACAUGUCAUUUGCGUCUUUUAGGAGAAAGAUGUCAGCAAAGCAGUUGCUAGAGUAUGCUAGAGUCAUUCAAAUAGUUGAAUCACAAUACACUAUUGUGAAAGAAAAAAAAGCUGAAGGAAGAUGACAGGUAUACUAUUUUAGUAAUUUAUUUUAGAAAAACUAUCGAGUUCAGUAGCAUUUCUCUUGAAGCAAUAUCGAAUGACAUGGAAAAUCUGUUAUCAGAUAUGUAUAUCUUUGAAGAAGUCAUAUAACGGAUCAAGUUAUAACUAAGAACCAUUAGAUUCAUUAGAAGAAUCAUUAGAUUCAGUAUUAAACACUGAACUAAGAAAUACCCUAUUUAAUGCCGCUAUGAAUAUUUCAUCUGAGAUCUUUUGUUUAUUGCCUUGUCGUAUAGAUGAAACAAAUUCAAAAGCUGAUAACAUCUUUUUAAGUAAAUAAUAUGCGCCUACGACUCGGAACUCUGGUUCACAGGCCCAGUUCAUUGCGCAUGUCUUCGAAUCAUCUUUUGAUUUCGCGAGAGUUGGGAGAAUAUGUACAUUUCUAUACGUCGUACAUAAUCUAUUAUGUUCAAUAAUCAACUUCAAUCCUUCUUUUCUGAUUUUUGAGGUCUUAGUAUGUCCAAUUAUAUCUUUUAAUAAAGGGGCACGGGAAAAUUUUUGAUCAAGUAUCAAUAUUAAGCAAAUAAGAAUGGCUGAACAAUUA